AUGGCUACAAGGAUCACAAACGGAGCCGGAAGGAAGUGCUUCCUGAUCUGGGGUGGCGAUGGUUGGAUCGCUGGACAUCUCAAAGUGUUGCUGGAGAGCCAGGGCAAGGAGGUACAUACGACGACCGCCCGGAUGGAAAACCGCGACGCUGUUUUCGCGGAGCUUGACCGGGUCCAACCGACUCAUGUGCUGAACGCGGCCGGCUGCACAGGGCGCCCCAACGUUGACUGGUGCGAGGACAACAAAGAGGCCACAAUAAGAUCCAACGUUAUCGGCACGCUGAACUUGGCCGACUGCUGCUUCGUCAGGGGCAUCCACUGUACCGUGUUUGCCACUGGCUGCAUUUACCAGUACGACUCGGCCCAUCCCUGGGGCGGGCCGGGCUUCUUCGAGACCGACGCGGCCAACUUUGCUGGCAGCUUCUAUUCCAUGACCAAGGCCCAUGUUGAGGAGAUCUUGAAGCACUACAACAACUGCUUGAUUUUGCGAUUGCGCAUGCCCGUGUCGGAUGACCUACACCCGCGCAGCUUCGUGACCAAGAUCACAAAGUACGAGCACGUGGUAGAUAUACCAAACAGCAACACAAUUCUCACGGAUUUGCUUCCGGCAUCAAUCCUGCUGGCCGAGCACGGCGAGGUGGGCGUAUACAACUUCGUCAACCCCGGCUCUAUAUCGCAUAAUGAAGUGCUUUCACUGUUUCGAGACAUCGUGCGGCCAUCCUUCACGUGGAAGAACUUCAGCAUCGAGGAGCAGUCCAAGGUGAUCAAGGCUGGGCGCAGCAACUGCAAGCUGGAUACCACCAAGCUGGUGACCAAGCUAAAGGAAUAUGGGUAUGAGGUUCCAGAAAUCCAUGAGGCGUAUAGGAGGUGUUUUGAUCGGAUGAAAGCAGCUGGGGUCCGAUAA